CGGCGUGGGCCGUGGGCCGUCAGGGCAGCCCUGAAGGGGCCCCCUCCCCACUCCGCUCGAGUAGAAGUGUGAGAGAGCCCAGCAGGACUCAGAGGGGAGAGUUGGAGGAAAAAAAAAGGCAGAAAAGGGAAAGAAAGAGGAAGAGAGAGAGAGAGUGAGAGGAGCCGCUGAGCCCACCCCGAUGGCCGCGGACGAAGUUGCCGGAGGGGCGCGCAAAGCCACGAAAAGCAAACUUUUUGAGUUUCUGGUCCAUGGGGUGCGCCCCGGGAUGCCGUCUGGAGCCCGGAUGCCCCACCAGGGGGCGCCCAUGGGCCCCCCGGGCUCCCCGUACAUGGGCAGCCCCGCCGUGCGACCCGGCCUGGCCCCCGCGGGCAUGGAGCCCGCCCGCAAGCGAGCAGCGCCCCCGCCCGGCCAGAGCCAGGCCCAGAGCCAGGGCCAGCCGGUGCCCACCGCCCCCGCGCGGAGCCGCAGUGCCAAGAGGAGGAAGAUGGCUGACAAAAUCCUCCCUCAAAGGAUCCGAGAGCUGGUCCCAGAGUCCCAGGCUUACAUGGACCUCCUGGCGUUUGAGAGAAAACUGGAUCAAACCAUCAUGCGGAAGCGGGUGGACAUCCAGGAGGCUCUGAAGAGGCCGAUGAAGCAAAAGCGGAAGCUGCGUCUUUAUAUCUCCAAUACUUUUAACCCUGCGAAGCCCGAUGCUGAGGAUUCUGAUGGCAGCAUUGCCUCCUGGGAGCUGCGGGUGGAGGGGAAGCUCCUGGAUGACGUACGUCCUGGCCCAGGUCUCUCCAGGUGUCCUGGGCCCAGCAAGCAGAAGCGGAAGUUCUCUUCUUUCUUCAAGAGUUUGGUCAUUGAGCUGGACAAAGACCUUUAUGGACCUGACAACCACCUCGUGGAGUGGCACCGGACGCCCACAACACAGGAGACAGAUGGGUUCCAGGUGAAGAGGCCAGGGGACCUGAGUGUGCGCUGCACGCUGCUCCUCAUGCUGGACUACCAGCCUCCUCAAUUCAAACUGGACCCCCGCCUGGCCCGGCUGCUGGGGUUGCACACACAGAGCCGCUCAGCCAUCGUCCAGGCCCUGUGGCAGUACGUGAAGACCAACAGGCUGCAGGACUCGCACGACAAGGAAUACAUCAAUGGGGACAAGUAUUUCCAGCAGAUUUUUGAUUGUCCGCGGCUGAAGUUUUCUGAGAUCCCCCAGCGCCUCACAGCUCUGCUCUUGCCCCCUGACCCAAUUGUCAUCAACCACGUUAUCAGCGUGGACCCGUCGGACCAGAAGAAGACAGCGUGCUAUGACAUUGACGUGGAGGUGGAGGAGCCGCUGAAGGGACAGAUGAGCAGCUUCCUCCUGUCCACAGCCAACCAGCAGGAGAUCAGUGCUCUGGACAGUAAGAUCCAUGAGACGAUUGAGUCCAUAAACCAGCUCAAGAUCCAGAGGGACUUCAUGCUAAGCUUCUCCAGAGACCCCAAAGGCUACAUCCAAGACCUCCUCCGCUCCCAGAGCCGGGACCUCAAGGUAAUGACAGAUGUGGCAGGCAACCCUGAGGAGGAGCGCCGGGCCGAGUUCUACCACCAGCCCUGGUCCCAGGAAGCCGUCAGCCGCUACUUCUACUGCAAGAUCCAGCAGCGCAGGCAGGAGCUGGAGCAGUCGCUGGUCGUGCGUAACACCUAGGAGCCCUGUGAAUGAGUGCCACCGCCACCAUGGGCCUCUGGGCCCCUGCCCUGUCACCUGGGGCUCUGCCACCACUCCUGAUGCCUGGUGGGUGAGGCGGGGACUGGAUUAAAGGUCAUUCGUCCGAUA